AUGGAGGGGCCACUAACACCUGAGUUGGGCGGCGCUUGUGUUCACCUGGCAGCGGGACUCGGCCACACUGCCUGCUGUGAUCUCCUCCUGCGAGCCCACGCGAACCCCGAAAGCCGGGACCACAACGGAGCAACUCUGCUGGCUCGUGCUGCUCUCUACGGCCACACAGAGCUUGCACAGCUCCUCCUGAAACAGUGGCGUGCGAACCCACUCGAUGCCGACAUUAUGGGCAGGAAUGCUGUGCACGUAGCCUGUCUCAAUGACAUAAGAAUGGUGCAGCUGUUGGCCGCGCACACGCCAUCUGCGAUCCAUGCCAGGGAUGCAGCGGGCAGGAGCUGCUUCUUCUAUGCAUUGGGAAAUCCACGUCAGGAAGUGCAAACUCGCAUCGUGCAGUUCUUACUGUUCUGCAACAGUGGCCCAAACGCCGUUGACAACCAUGGUCGUACGGCACUGGCCUACGCAGGGCAGGCAGGCAACCGCGAAGUGGUAAGCCUAUUGCUGUCGUGCGGGGCUCGCCCUCGUCGAAUGGUACAAGAUUCGGCAAGCGACACUUUACUGGACCCCUGUAGAUGUUUCGAAUGUUCUUCCAGGAGCGCUUGUGAUACUUGCAUGCAGCUGGAUGCAACGUUGCAUCCAGAUCGGCCACUGGCAUUCAAGGGCGAGUCUACACAGCUGCUCACACUGCUGGAAGCGAUGGCCACGAUGCCGCGCCAGAAUUUACCGGCGGAAACCUCCAGAGAGCUGUUCAAAGCCUUUGGCUGA